AUGAUUUUCUACGCUGCGAUCGCUGCUGCCCUCAGCUCAACAACCAUUCGUGUUCUUGCAUACGUCUUCUUUAGAUGGAUACCAGGACACCAGCUCCCUCCUAUCAUCUACGCGGCAUCACUAAUCUACCUCACCUCAUUCCUGUUUGUCCCGAUCCUUAACAGACGUCCUGCUAGAGCGAGCACGGGAAUAGUGGAGGAUGAGAAACGCGAGCUACAGCCGGUCCGAUUGAAUAGAGCAGGCAAGAAGAGCAAGUCAGAGACCACGAUUGAGCUCAAAAUCAAUGGGAAGGUCUACAAGACCAAAGACCCGCACGUGAAAUGGUUGGAGAAGGGCCUACAUGUCGUACGAACACUUUUACUGGGAUUGCCCAGCCCCAAGAGCACUCUAUACAGCCUGGUCACGCUAAGCAUUAACGUCUUGUUGGUAUUGGGCGUGGUGGAUGUGGUAUAUCGCGGACCGAUGCUCUAUCAGAGUCACGAUCUUUCUUUCGCCAGAGUUGGCUUCGUAUCUGAUACCAGCGCCAAGAUUCUGGUCCGUGAGCCGGAUGUUGCUCAGGUGCCUAUCUACUUCUCUUACAGAGGAGCACCAGGAUCGGGAGUGGACGAUGCGUGGAAGUCGGCAGGACAGGUUUACCGGCUAUCAGAGGAGACGGACUUUACCACUACUUUCACUCUCAAGAAGCUUCGACCUUUGACCAAUUACCAAUAUGCGGUGUCCAAUAACCAUACUGGCUUCCUUAAGACUGCUGCUCCUGUUGGCCAAAUGACUGUCGGUCGCGGGACAUUCACCUUCCUAACGUCCAGCUGCAUCAAGCCACGAUUUCCCUACAACCCGUUUUCUCACCCACUCAACAUUCCUGGCUUGAAGCACUUGGCCAAAUGGAUUCCGGAACUGCACGCAUCGUUCAUGCUCUUUCUAGGUGACUUCAUCUACAUCGACGUCCCUCACCGGUUCGGUACCGAUUCAGAAACCUAUCGUCGGGAGUAUCGCCAAGUCUACUCUUCUCCUGACUGGCCUGCUGUUUCCGACUCCCUGCCAUGGCUACACGUGAUUGACGACCACGAGAUCGCUAACGAUUGGGAUAAGCAAAAUGCUGAUCCUUAUCCAGCGGCAACGGACCCAUGGAAUCUUUAUCACGCGUCUCUCAACCCGCCUGCUGUUCUUCCCAACGCUUCUUACUUCCAGUUCACCCAAGGGCCAGCGUCCUUUUUUCUAAUGGACACUCGCCGCCAUCGCUCCCCCGAAUACCCAGCACUCGCUCGCUCUCCUGACAAAACUAUGCUCGGCGCUGCACAGCUAUCUUCGCUACUAGCCUUUCUCAAACGCGAUGAACCAGCGGGAGUCAAAUGGAAAUUCGUCAUUUCAUCCAUCCCAUUCACACGGAAUUGGCGUCUCAACUCCGCAGACACAUGGGCAAACUACCUCCAUGAGCGUCGAAUCAUCCUCGAAGCCAUGUGGGAUGUCGGUCUCCGCGGCGACGGCAUUGGGGUCGUGGUCCUCAGCGGCGACCGUCACGAGUUUGCAGCCACCGCGUUUCCACCUCCAAAGGACGGGAAAUGGCCGCUAAGUGCUACGGUGCAUGAAUUCAGCACGAGUCCUUUGAGUAUGUUCUACUUGCCCGUGCGGAGCUAUUGGGAAGUGCCGGGUGAGGACGAUGUAGACGAGGUGUGUAUCAAGUACGCGCCGGACGGCAACAGCAAGUUUGGAGCUGUGGAGCUGGAGGAGGUGAUGGGUGGGGAGCAAGGUCUGUUGCGGUUCAGGCUCUUUGUUGAUGGGGUCGAGAGUUGGGAUUACGUGCUAAUGACGCCGCCGGCUGUGAGAGGGGGAGGGAGAGGGAAGGAUGCGAUUUGGGGAUGA